AUGUCGGAUAGUUUAACACCAGUUGUAAAUGAAAAUGCUUCUGAUGAUGAAAAAGAUGAAGAACAAGUAACAAGUGUAAACCAAAAGAAAGAAGAUGCAAAAGUUGAAAAAGAACUUGAUCGAGUUACAGAUCGUGUUGAUGAAGAAGAAAUUGGUUCAGAAAAUAUUGGAAAUGCUCUAUCAGCAAUUAAUGAUAAACGUCAUCGAGAUGAAUCAAAACGUAAAGCUGAACAAGCUGAAUUAGCCAAUGUGAAAAUUCGAAAAGAAGAUGUGGAACUUAUCGUACAAGAACUUGAACUACCACGUUCAAAAGCAGAAAAAACAUUACGACAACAUCAUGGUGAUGUUAUAGCAACAUUAAAAGCACUUGUUAAUGCUUAA